CGCGUUACGACCGGGCAUGUCACGCUGGAGGAGAGGGGAGGGUUCUGGCUUAUGAGUAACUGUGUUAAGGUUACAUUUUCCUGGUUUCGUGCAGCUGGCCCUGUGAUGCGUUCAGGCUCACUCACGCAGCCGGAGAGUCACCUGCAGGGCGGUCGCCGAGGACACCAGAAGGACAGACCGACUGAGAAGUAAAAUGUUGCCGGAAAAGCAGUUCCAGUGCGCCAUCUGUCAGCAGGUGUUCACCGACCCGGUCACCACGCCCUGCGGACACAACUUCUGCCGGGCCUGCAUCCGGAGCGUGUGGGACGGCAGCGAGGUCUGCCGGUGUCCCGCCUGUAGCACGCCGUUCACCUCCCGCCCCGAAAUGGCCAUCAACGCGGCCUUCAAGGAGCUGGCGGACGCGUUCAGGCAGAUGGCGGCCCGUCCGGCGGCUCCCCGGCCGUCCCCGGGCCGACCCGGCGAGGUGGCGUGCGACGUCUGCGCCGCGACCUCCCAGCGGGUGAAGGCCCUGAAGUCCUGCCUGGUGUGCCUGACCUCGUACUGCGAAGCCCACCUGGAGCCCCACCGGAGCGUCGCCACCUUGAACGUGCACAAGCUGAUGGAGCCGGCGGGCGACCUGCAGGACCGGAUGUGCAAGAAGCACCAGAGGCUGCUGGAGAUGUUCUGCAGGGACGAGCAGAGGUGCGUGUGCCAGUUCUGCACCGAAACGGAGCACAAAGGUCACCGGGCCGUCACGGUGGAGGACGAGAGCGGUCAGAGGAAGAUCCAAAUGGAGAAGACUGCGGCAGACUUUCAGCAGAUGAUCCAGGAACGACUGAAAAAAGUGGAAGAGAUCAAAAGCUGUCUGAAGCUCAGCAACACGAGUGCAGAGAAGGAGACGAAGGAGAGCGACCGUCUCUUUGCGUCCCUGGUUCGCUCGGUCGAGGAGAGACGAGCUGAAGCCCAAGCGGAAAUCGAGGAGAAGCAGAGAGCCGCAGAGAGGAGGGCGGAGGAGCUUGUCCACGGGCUGCAGCAGGAAAUCACCGAGCUGCAGAGGAGGAGCGCUGAGCUGGAGGAACUGAGAGACACGGAGGACCACCUGAGCGUCCUACAGAAGUCUCCCCCUCUCAUGUCAGCCCCUCCCACAAGAGAGUGGAUGGAGAUCACGGUGAACCCUGAACUCUGUGUGGGGACGCUGCGGGGGGCGCUGUCCAAGCUGGACGCGAGCCUGAAGAACGAAAUGGACGGCCUGAAGACCGGAGAGAUGAAGAAGAUGCAGAAAUACGCAGUCGACGUCGCUUUGGACCCGGAGACGGCCCAUCCCAACAUCGUCCUGUCAGCUGACGGAAAGCAGGCGGGCCGCGGCGAGCUGCUGCGCGUCGUCCCUGACAACCCCCAACGCUUUGACCCCGUCAUCUGCGUCCUGGCCAAGCGGGGCUUCCUGUCCGGGAGGUUCUACUUCCAGGUUGCCGUGGGGACAAAGACCUUCUGGGACCUGGGCGUGGUCAAGGCCUCCGUCAACAGGAAGGGGAUGAUCAUCUCCAAGCCGGAGAACGGCUUCUGGACGGUGCGGCUGAGGGGCGGCGAGGAGUACCGCGCCCUGGACUCCCCGUCGGUCCUCCUGGCCCUCCAGGCCAAACCGCGGCUGGUGGGGGUGUUUACGGAUAUCGAGGAGGGCACCGUGUCGUUCUUCGACGUGGAGGCCAGGUCUCACCUCUACACCUUCAGCGGGUGCAUGUUCUCGGAGAGGAUCUUCCCCUUCUUCUGCCCGGGUGUCUUCGAUGACGGGAAAAACACGGCGCCAUUAGUUAUCUCGGAUGUUAGUCCUUUUUAACCCGCCCACGAGACGUAGACUUUGGCAUAAGACUUCGACAGGAAAGAUCUCGACUGGUUCGCUAUUUGAUUGUAAGAUCUGCCCCCUCGUCUCGACUCAACGUACCCUUGCAGUUCUUUGAGAUCAAAGUCCCCAACACCCCUUAAUAAAAGGCAUCACAGCCAUGAAUCUUCCAGCACUUCUAUAAUAGAAAAGUUUGACCUUGUAGAAGUCUACGGUUUCUAAAGAAAUUUGCACUUAACACUUUGAAGACAAAGCACGGGACAUUUUAUUUGGAAAAGCAUUAGAAUUGGCACCAUUUGGCAUCAUAGGUCUUGAAAAACACAUAAGGCCAUAGCUUACCACCUCAACCCCACUGAGGCCUUUGAGAAAUGCAAAAUAAUGAAUGAAAAAAACAGUAUGACAUAUAAGGAAAGCAUUACAAUACAUUAUGUUAGAUUACACAGAAAACGUCACAUUUCCGAUCAUAGCUUACAAAUGUAAUGUGAAAAACCUAUAGAUUUGACUCUGUGGUGAUUUGUUUAUGAAAUAAAGCAACACAUUUGACUCUGGAUCCAGAAGCCUUUUCUGUUUUG